AUGCCACGAAGUCUUCGCUCAGGGAAUAUCUACGCUUCUCCCCUUCCCCCUCCACCGCGCCCUCUUCGUGUCCCAGCCGAGAACGUCAUCCGUAACCGGGACUAUGAGCUCAUAGGUAACAUGAACAUCCCCAUGGGCCUCUCACGCAAGAAGGUUUCUGAAUGCCAUCUCGAAUUUUUAGAUAUCGGGCCGAAAGAUACAGAAUGGUUCAAGGACCCAGAGCGAAAUAACCACUGUAUCCUCCGGCUCGUAUUCUUACAUCAACUGGAAGACGACACCCCAUACGCACCUAUUGGCACCAGGGGAGUUGUCCUGGACUUGGAAGGUGCGGAGCAACUACAAGAUUCAUAUACAGGCGAGCUAAUGAUGAGUACCUUCGGGUACGAAGGCCCGCAUCAGAGGUCGAUGCGAGUUGUCAAGCUGCGUAUGGGCGGCGAGAGGACAGUUGGGGAUGCUGUUAGGAUCAUUCGGAAUACUCGUUUGGUGCCUUGUCACUUUGAUACACCCAACGAGCACUUGGUUGGCUGUCGAGAUUUUGUAUCGCAAUUGAUUUAUCAGUUGGAUAGGAACAAGUUUUUAAGGCUUCCGGCUGAUGCUGACACUACGGUUUAUGACUCGUUCAACUACCGUUAUGAUAUGGAUGAUGACCCUGCUAUCGGUUAUGUCCCUACUCCUGUGAAGUAUGCUAUCUUUAGGGCGUCAUAUCAACAUACGGCUAUUAACAGGAUUAAUUAUCAUGGAACGCGUCGUUUCCUGGACGGGCAGUAG